GGAAAACCCAAUCCAUCGUCACUUCCAUUAAGGAGUUCUUACUAUCAGAGAAACAAAAGGAGCUCACAAAAAUGGCGGACAAGUAAAACAAAGCUUUUCUGCAAAUCCCAAGUUUCUCUCAGUUCUCGUUUCCGUACAGCACACCAUUAAAAAUGACUACUUUAUUGCCGAAUCGACCAAGCCUGGUCUUGUCUCCGUUCUCUGACCGAACCCAAAACCCACUACUUCUCCGUCAGACCCAUUUCUUGGGCUUCUCGCACUCCAUUCCCAAGCCAUGCCUCCGCGGCUCGCUCUCCGUGGCCCCCCCGGUUUCAAACCCCGCCCCGAAAGCCGCCGAGAGCGUCGGCCGGGGGCUGCUCGGUCGAGCCGAGGGGUUCCUCUACACGCUCGCCGACGCGGCCGUUUCGUCGACGUCGGAUUCCGUCACCACCGCCAAGCAGAGCGACGAUUGGCUUUCUGGAAUCGCCAAUUACAUGGAGAGCGUUCUCAAGGUUCUGAAGGAUGGGCUUAGUGCUUUACAUGUUCCGUACGCUUACGGCUUCGCGAUAAUUAUGCUGACUGUUCUUGUCAAAGCUGCGACUUACCCUUUGACGAAGAAGCAGGUCGAAUCCGCCAUGGCUAUGAGGUCUUUGCAACCUCAAGUGAAGGCUAUUCAGCAGCGUUUUGCUGGAGAUCAGGAGAGAAUUCAACUUGAAACUGCUCGAUUGUAUAAAUUAGCGAGCAUAAAUCCGCUGGCAGGAUGCCUGCCAACACUUGCUACAAUACCAGUCUGGAUUGGCUUAUAUAGAGCUCUUUCGAAUGUGGCAGACGAGGGACUCCUUACAGAAGGAUUUUUCUGGAUACCCUCCUUGUCUGGUCCGACAACAAUUGCUGCUAGACAAAGUGGCAGUGGGAUCUCUUGGCUUUUCCCAUUUGUAGAUGGUCAUCCACCGCUUGGAUGGUCAGAUACCUUGGCAUAUCUUGUCUUGCCUGUGUUGCUGGUUAUCUCACAGUACAUAUCUGUCCAAAUUAUGCAGUCAGCACAGAGUAAUGAUCCAAACAUGAAGAGUUCUCAAGCGGUUACAAAGUUCCUGCCUUUAAUGAUUGGUUAUUUUGCUCUUUCAGUUCCUUCUGGUCUGAGCCUUUAUUGGUUAACGAAUAAUAUACUAAGCACAGCGCAACAAGUAUGGCUUCAAAAGUUAGGGGGUGCUAAAAUUCAGGUUAAACAAUUCAGUACUGAUGUCAUCAAGGAAGAACAACCCCGAGUGGAAAAGUCCAUCCCAGACUUGACUAACACCCAAAAGGACACCAGGCAAGGGGAAAAAUUGAUAGCAGAGGGUCUACGACCUGGUGAAAGGUUUAAACAAAUAAAGGAGGAAGAAGCAAGGAGAAGACGACAAAGAGAAGAAGAAAAGAGGAAAGCUGAGGAGGCAGCAGCGAAGGCAUCUCAAAUACCGAAUGAGAGAAAUGAGCGAGAAAAUGAGGGUGGAUUGGAUUUAAAUGUUGAAAAGAAUGACACAAACCAUUCUGAGAAUAGCAUUCACAAUUCCUCCAGUAGUGAAGUUGCUGUGAAUGGAAAUAUGCCUAGAGUGGACUUGAAGGAAAGUGAGAACACAACAUCGACAUUGGACAACGAAGUCUCCACUAGUUUAGAGGUUGAUGUCAGGGAAGAGGAGCAGUCGUACGAACGUUUGAGAAAGGAAGUAGGAGCGUAUACUACCCCGACCACUAGAGAUAAGAAACCUUCCGAAGACGACUGAUAUUCAGCUAGAAGGGCCAACAAAGAGGAUGGCACUUUCAAGAUGGUAUUGGUAAUCCAAGUUAAUCAGCGAAAAAGUUGACCCAUGUCUAAUCAGAAAAUGGGGAGCACUUGACAGAGCUGCAUAAGCACACUGUUUAUCAGCAAAUUAUUAAUGUGAUUUAUACUCGGGGUUUAUGCUAUUCUCUUGUGAGGACUAAGUUCUCAGCAGUUCAUUGGUUGCGGCAUGAUUUCAUUUACAGGACAGAAUUAAGUCAGAGCAAAUUUUGGGGUUCUCGUACAUCGGUAAAGAUUUCUUCUUGCCUACGAUGGCACAUGUAGAAUCUGUACUAGAGAGAAGUCAACUUUUUUCUCAUAAGGGUAGGUGAUAAAACCAAUAUAUCAAAUUUUUGUGCCCAUCAAAUCCUUGUUAGUUUUAGAUACUCGGCGUUACCGCACGCAAAAAUAAUAAUGAUUUAGCUAGCUUGGGUGCUUUGUUAGCUUCUUUUGAGUUGUUAUACAGUUUCUUGAAACAGUCGUGCUAUUUAAAAGACUUGAACACAAUCCAAGGAAUAAAGGUCCCAUUUUUUUC